AUGCAAAAAUCUGAGUAUAAAGCUAAUGGCUUAGGAUUUACAGUUGCUGAGAAGAUGGCUGCGAAUAAUCCUCUCGUUGAGAUAGGUAGCAGAGGAACCGUUGGAUCCCUCGUGUUACAAGAAAUUGAGUACUUCAGUAGGCUACAACUAAACCAUCACAACAGCAUGAACAAGCCAUGUCGUCAAGUUUCAGACGUGGCUUCGACUAACAGUCACUCUAGACCAAAUCUUGGAUCGUUAGUCACGAAUCUUAAAAAGAAGAGACGGAGCUGUAAGCUGAUGCCGAGCAUGUGUUCAAUGGUAGAAGUUGCAGAAUGUAAUCCACCAGCUGCUAUUUCAAGAUUCACUUACAAGAAUCUAAAGGCUGAUAUUUGA